CGCUUCCUCCCGUCUCAAACCAGCGCGGCUUGGCCUCCCUGGACGCCUGGCAGAGAAAAGGCAGCAAGAUGGAGCAAGCAUGCGAGGACAUAGACCAAAUGUUCAGCAAUUUAUUGGGAGAAAUGGAUUUGCUGACACAGAGUUUAGAAGUUGAAAUUGGCCCACCUCCAUCUGCCAAAACAUGUAACAAUGAAUUUAAUUUUGUGGUCGGUUUUAAGGAUUUAAAUGAAUCCUUAAAUACGCUGGAAGAUACUGAUUUGGAUGCUUUAAUGGCUGAUCUUGUAGCAGACAUCAGUGAAGUCGAAAAGAAGGCCACCUCCCAAGAACAAAAUGAUGCUUCUCACUGUCAGCAAGCUGCUGGGAUUCAGCCCGCAGCAAAUGCCUCUGCUGCUUAUGACUCUCAGUUGUAUGCCACUGUUGAGAAUGACUUGCCACCUCCCCCUGCAGAUCUUCCACUGCCGCCACAACGGCCAGCACUGCCUACUAAAAUAUUCACACAGGAAGAACAAGAGGCACAAGCAAAAGCAGACAAGAUUAUACUUGCAUUAGAAAAACUGAAGGAAGCCAAGGUUAAAAAGCUUGUUGUCAAGGUGCACAUGAAAGAUAACAGCACAAAGUCACUGAUGGUGGAUGAACGGCAAACGGCACGCGACGUCUUGGAUAAUCUCUUUGAAAAAACCCACUGUGACUGCAGGGUGGACUGGUGUCUUUAUGAAAUAUACACAGAGCUACAAAUUGAAAGAUUUUUUGAAGAUCAUGAAAACGUGAUUGAGAUCUUAUCAGAUUGGACUCGGGACAGUGAAAAUAAGAUUCUGUUUUUGGACAAAAGUGAAAAAUAUGCUGUCUUUAAACACCCUCAGAAUUUCUACAUGGUAAACAGAGGAAAAAAUGAAAUCAAAGAAAUUAAUGAGAAAAGCAAAGAAGCUUUGCUGGAGGAAAGCUUCUGUGGCACAUCUGUCAUUGUGCCAGAACUUGAAGGGGCUCUUUAUUUAAAAGAAGAUGGAAAGAAGUCCUGGAAGAGACGUUAUUUUCUUCUGCGAGCUUCUGGAAUUUAUUAUGUACCCAAAGGAAAGACCAAGACGUCUCGGGAUUUGGCUUGCUUCAUACAGUUUGAGAACGUAAACGUCUAUUAUGGUAUCCAGUUCAAAGUUAAAUAUAAGGCACCGACAGAUCACUGCUUUGUCUUGAAGCACCCUCAGAUACAGAAAGAAUCGCAGUAUAUCAAAUACUUGUGCUGUGAUGACAAGCAGACUCUGCACCAGUGGGUGACUGGUAUAAGAAUUGCCAAGUAUGGCAAGACAUUGUAUGAUAACUACAAAUGUGCACUGCAGAAAGCUGGCUUAGCAACUCGGGGAAAGUUGGGAAAUGCUGAGCCCACAAUCACUGCCGGAUCUUCAAAAGGUAGAACUCAUGCAAAUGGACAGAUACCCCAAGCCACAGCCCUCACAACUGCUGAUUCUUCAGGGAGUGGAAAACCUACUGACAUGUCAAAGGUGAAUAAAUCAGACAGCAACAGCAACUCCACUCCAGUGCCUCAGCCUGCUAUACCACAACCAAAGCACCAUCGGAAACCUGCAGGGAUGCAGCCACCCCGCCCUCCUGAAAGACGAUCUUCUGCAAUUACAUCUUCAUUGCUGAUGCCUGCAAGUAAAGAGCGAGCGAGCAUUGCUUUCACAGCAGACCCAGCAGAAUUCCCACCACCCCCUGAACUGAUACCGCCGCCCCCUGAAUUGGUGGACUUGCCACCACCCCCUCCUGACUUCUACGAAGCCCCGCCUGAUUUUGUGCCCCCACCACCGCCUUCCUCUGCUAACGGCAAUCCAGAACUACCUCUCCCUCCUCCCCCCUUGGUCUCUGCCCCUGCCCUCCUCCCUCCAGUUCGAAAGAAGAUUGUUCCUCCCCCUCCUCCUCCUAAAAGACAAGAAGGAUGCAGCGGCCAGGGAGGAGAACUCAAACAAAGUGAGCCACAGCCAACUUUGGAUUCAACCGGACAAGGAGAUCUCAUGUCUGACUUAAUGAGAAUUUUACAAAAGAAGAGGGGCGAGAUCUCAUGAAACAAACAGGUUUAAAUAGUGGGGCGUGGUUUUAGUUGAGAGGCAGCUCUUGGAGUGAUUGAUCUGAAGGAAAGAAACCAGAGGACUUCCUGGAGGUCCAAAGAGUUAGAAACAGAGCCAAUCAUUCCAGCACAUCCUGAGCCAAUCU